GGCCCAAAUCCUCACCUGUUGACGUGUCAUUCAUAGCGCCUAUCUCCUCGUCCUCGCGCGCCUUCCUCGUCCACAAAAAUUACCUGUCAUAAUAAGUCAUAACUGUCCACUACAAAUUAUGAAACAAUGCCCAAAAAAUCAGCCUGGAAUAUUUGUACACAAGAAAUUCCGCGGAAACUGGUGGUGGAAAAGUUUACUUGCGAACCGCUUUGAACUUGCACGGCCAUGGCUGCGGUGGCUUCCGGCGGAGGCGCGGCCGGUGUUGUACCGGUGAAACUCCAGACCCACAAACCCAGUUACAAGCUCCAAUCUUCAUUUCUGGGCAAAAGUCAGCUCAAUCUCAUCAAACCCAGUUCGAGGAACAAAGCUAACCCUAGUCCCAGGCGAGCAGGAGGAAGGAUCGGAGUUUUGGCGUCGGUGGGAGUAGAUGGGGGUCACGAAUUGGUUAGUUUGGUGCACAAUUUCUUUUUGGGAGUUGGGGUUGGGCUGCCCUGCACAGUGAUGGAGUGUGGGGAUAUCAUUUACAGAAGCACUCUGCCAAAAUCCAAUGCGCUGACCGUCACAGUUCCUGGCGUUGCUCUCGCUCUCAGCGUCGUGUCUUACCUUUGGGCCACCCCUGGCGUGGCUCCUGGCUUCUACGAUAUGUUUGUGCUCGCUUUCGUCGAGCGACUCUUCAGACCCAGUUAUAAAAAGGAUGAUAUUGUUCUGGGGAAGAAGUUGGGGGAAGGAGCUUUUGGGGUGGUCUAUAAAGUUUCGGUGGAUAAGCCUUCUGCAAAGAAGAGGGGAGGUGACCUUGUGUUGAAAAAGGCAACUGAAUAUGGAGCAGUGGAAAUUUGGAUGAACGAGAGAGUUCGAAGAGCUUGUGCUAGCAGUUGUGCUGAAUAUUUGUAUGGAUUUCUUGAGAACUCUUCAAAGAAAGGCAGUGAAUAUUGGCUUCUGUGGAGGUUUGAAGGGGAGGCUACUCUCUAUGAUCUAAUGCAAAGCAGAGAGUUCCCCUACAAUGUUGAGACAUUGAUUCUAGGGGAGGUUCAGGAUUUACCCAAAGGGAUAGAAAGGGAAAAUAGAAUCAUCCAGACUGUGAUGAGGCAACUCUUAUUUGCCUUAGAUGGUCUUCACUCCACAGGGACAUAAAGCCACAGAAUAUCAUCUUCUCUGAAGGGUCGAAGACAUUCAAGAUCAUUGAUCUUGGGGCUGCUGCAGAUUUGAGAGUCGGGAUUAAUUAUAUUCCAAAUGAGUUUCUUUUGGAUCCUAGGUAUGCUGCUCCAGAGCAAUACAUCAUGAGCACACAAACUCCUUCUGCCCCGUCUGCUCCUGUAGCUACUGCACUGUCCCCAGUCCUAUGGCAGCUAAAUUUGCCUGAUAGAUUCGACAUCUACAGUACUGGUUUGAUGUUCCUACAAAUGGCGUUUCCAGGCCUAAGAACUGACAGCAGCCUCAUACAAUUCAACCGUCAACUAAAGAGAUGCGACUAUGACUUGGUUGCAUGGAGGAAAAGUGCGGAACCCCGUGCAAGCCCAGAACUCAGGAAAGGGUUCGAGUUGCUCGAUUUAGAUGGCGGGAUAGGAUGGGAACUUCUAACCUCGAUGGUGAGAUACAAAGCACGGCAGAGAAUAAGCGCCAAAGGGGCUUUAGCCCAUCCUUACUUUGACAAAGAAGGGCUAUUAGCUUUGUCAGUAAUGCAGAACCUGAGGUUGCAGCUCAUUCGAGCCACACAGCAGGAUUAUGGUGAAGCUGCCAACUGGAUCAUUCAGCUCAUGGCAAAAUCCGGGACAGAGAAAGACGGUGGCUUCACUGAAGCCCAGCUUCUGGAACUGAGGGAAAGGCAAGAGCCUAGGAAGAAGGCAAAUGGACAAAGGAACGCUCUUGCAUCAGCUCUUAGGCUGCAGAGGAAGGUACUCAAGACGUUGAACGAGAGCAUGGAUGAACUGAAUCAACGCAGGAAGAGCAUAUGGUGGAGCAGGUGGAUCCCAAGAGAGGAAUGAAGUAAUAUUUGUACAUAAUCAAGGUGAUACUACUCCCUUCUUCCAGGGUUGGAUUUUUAAAUAGGCUGAUUCAGGGGUGUAACUACAGGCAGACAGCAUUGGAUCGUCCUGUUGAAUGUCAAGUACUUGAAUUAAUGUGGAUGUACAUUAUGUGCACAAUAGUCACCACAUCAAUCCAACCACGGACGUUGCAUGAGGAGACGAUCAGAUGGUGUUAGCUCAUGCUUAAGGGGACCUGUCAGCAUAUAGUAGUCAAAUUGCUGCUUCUCCUGUCCUUGUAAAUUUGUAUCCUUACUCUUUUUUUUUUUUUAUAUGUAUGGGUUCAGAGAACGAUGAUGUACAGUAGAGGUUGAAUUGAAAUGAAAGAAAUUAGCUGGAAUCUAUGGGGAGGAAGAGGGAGACAGACCUGGGAUCUUUUGACCGCACGUGUAACCUCUGGCUUCAUCAGGUUCAAUGCCAAUCGUUGGAAGAUGAAGUUGAUGGAAAUGAAACAGCUACAAACGCAAUUCUUAAAUGAUCUCUUUCACAGUUCUCAACAUGAAUGUUGUUUAAGUGCUCUUUAAUAAUGUUGAGUGAGUGAUUAGUUAUCUCGAAAAUUCAUGGAUAUGUUCCUUAAGGUAGCUCCCAAGAAUGGCACAAGCAGUUCUUUACUAUAUGCUGAUUGCAGACAGAGGGACUCCUGCUCGUACAACUUAGUCACCCAUAAAACUACGAUUGACAAGUAGCUAGUGAU